AUGACCCGAUGGCUAUAUAACUCAUUGCCCAUCCGCAUUUUGUUGUUACUGACCCUCCACAUCUUCAAGGAUGAAUGCUCUACCGUUGAGGCAAACCUAAAUUUUACGGAUAUGCCCAUGAGGAAUGAAGCGUGUCCAAGAGAUAUAAAUGAAUAUUUUGGAUUAAGACCUCCAUCAAAUCUGUAUUGUGAACAUAGUAGCAAAGCCAAUAAGAAUCUCACACUAUCCCAGGUGCUUUCGGAGAGCUUAUUAAAGGAUUAUCCCUCAAACUGCCAUGCAUCUAUCUUGGGAAGUGGUUUUCUUAGCAUCUAUGACAAUAUGUCCAAACCUCUGAUAUUUAAUAACGAACGGUAUCGCAACUGGACCAUUGCAUAUCCAACUCUUUUAAUACAGUGCACUAACCGUACUUACAACGCAACCAAUAUUGUUCACUAUAAUGAAACGUUCCCAUCUCAAGAAAACAACUUCACUGCUGUUUUAAAGGAAUUUGUUCACAACUACACUAUGUCCAUGGAUGACAUUUAUGACGAUACUGAAAGGAUGGUCUAUAAAGACAAGUUUGUCGAUGGUAUUUUGAUAAUAACGUUUAGUCAGACAGCCGUGUGCGUUGCUUCCUGGAUGGUGUUCCUGAUCAUAUUAUUUCUUCCUGCCAACAAUUACAAUACCAAGCUAAAUAUUGUAAAAGUAUACGUUUUGCUGUUUGCACUAGUACAAUCUGUGUACCUACAAAAGGCAAGCGCGGAGGUAUUCCGGACUCAGUAUAUGGCUGAUAUCCAGGAUGCAUCGUACUAUAAAAGCCACAUAAUGGAUUCUGUAGGAUAUCGAAUAUGCGAAGUUUUUAUCCACGUCAUGGGACUUUUAAACUGGUGGUAUAUUAUCUACUUCAUGUUCCACCUAGAUUCGAAUCAAAAAAGAAAGAAAGUAGAGCAUAAAAACCAUAUUCUGAGUACUAUAUUUUUUUUUCUGGUAACACAUCGAAAUGUUACGAUCUUUACAGCGGGUGUCUUUUUUCUGGUAACGGACACAAUCUUCUUUACGUUUCUUUUAUGGAAUGAAACCGUUAUUUCUCUUCGGGUGCUUUAUAAAGUUUCACAACUCUCCAUAACAACAAUGUUUCUCGGUUUAGUGGGAUUUUUUUUGUCGCAAAAAUUCCAUUUUGUAUUAGAACCGAAGCGGAGUAUAAGCCAAUCGAAACCCAAUAUGUUCGAAAAGUUGAAGAAUAUGUGGCGCAACUAUUAUGAUACUAUCCCCAUUCUGAUAUACAAUCUGGUUCUGAUAGUGCUCCUGUACUUUACAUCCAUUUUCUUCAGUGCCAAGAAUUUCUAUAUUUCCUCGUGGAAAUACAACAUCGUCUACUUCAUGAAGCUACUUAUCACUGUUAAUUUUUGGGGAUUGAUCAGUGUAUUGAGGAAGAGAGAGGCAACACUCAAUAGAAAAACAAUUCUGGGGAGAAAGAUCCAAAACAGUAAUAAAUAUUUUGUCAACCCGCACUCAAAUUACGAUUUAGGCGUUUCGAACAGCAAUGGGACUAGUUCGAUUUUAGAGACAAGCAACUCGUCCUCCAUGAAAAGCACUACCCGUGUGCAUGAGGACAUCCAUAUCCCUAACAACACUUGGAAAUCACACAUAUCAAAACUGAACGGCUGGAAGAAGAUGAAGCGUAGGGAAAAAAUGUAG